GAACUCGCACACACAGAGGCCUGAUCCCAACUUCACAUACUUAGCCCAGAAGAAACUAGAAGCUGAGAAGCUAGAGGAGAAAACCAUAGGAAGAAAGAAGGAAUAAUGGGGUGGCUGAUCAAAGAGAAGAGAGGCCCUGCCUGGAAACGUGGGUGGACGGAGCAGACCAUCGCCUCCAUAUCGCCACCGCCCAUGCCGGUCAUCAUCCUCUUUGGCAUCGUCGUCCUCCUGCUCUGGCUCUCCUUCCACAUCAACUACACCAGGCAGAUGGAGAGCACGGUCAUCAGCCUGAAGCUCGUCCUCCUGCUCUUGCCCCUGCUCUUAAUCGUCCUGGCCCGCUGUCUUGCUGCCAACAGCGGCCGGCUCGUGAUCCCACUCCCGGACGCCGACCCCGACACCAUGUACCGCGCCAGCCGCACGCCGUGGGGCAUUGCGCUCCUCGUGGGUCUGGUCCUGGUGCUGCUUUCCUUCCAGUCAAAUUUCCGUUCCCAGUGGUCUCCUUGGUGGUCGUCCUAUUACCAUCGGUAGCGUUUCAGCUGGCAAGGGAUCUUAAAAGGAGAAGUGUUGGUAGAGAGUUGGUUUUUGAACGUUUAAUCAAGAGUGAACUUUUACUGGUUUAUUAGGUUAGAUUGAGGUUCCGUAUGUCAAGUUGUUUUGGAUGUUUAACUCUUUUGCUUUCUUUCAAGCUGUCAAUGAUAGAUACGGUUUGCUCGUAA